AUGUCGAGCACGUCCAAGACCAAGGCACAUUUAAGUUCAGAUGAGGUACCAUACUCUAUUUCCACGGGGCUAUGGAGCUAUAUCCCGUACUUCAGGAAACCAGAAAAUGUCCUUCUCUUCAAACUGGACUGUCUAUUAUUGACAUGGACAUUUAUCGCCGGAAUUUUAAAGCAAAUGGAUCAAAGUGCGACUACCCAAGCAUACGUCUCGGGCAUGAAAGAGUCCUUAGGUUUAUAUGGCAACGAGCUUGUCAACUUCAACACCUUCUUUUCAGUGGGAUAUGCAAUUGGUCUUAUUCCAGCCCAGCUGAUUCAGACUAAAAUUCGCCCUUCCCUCUUCCUGCCGUUUUGUGAAAUAGUGUGGGGUAUUUUGGUUACUUGUAUCGCUCAAGCUCCUAAUGCUCAAACAGUAUAUGGAUUGCGCAUAUUACUCGGUCUUUUCUCCGCCGUCUUCUGGCCUACUGCGGUCUCCUUGAUUUUCAAUUGGUACAAACCGGCCGAAUUAGCCAAAAGGGUUGCAUUUUUCAAUGUCUCCGAUGCGGCCGGAGGAAUGUUUAUAAGUGCAUUGCAAGCCGCUCUUUACAAAAAUAUGAAUGGUGUGCAUGGAAUCUCCGGGUGGCAAUGGCUGUUUAUUAUAUCGGGCACUGUCACGAUUGGCCAGGGACUGCUCGGACUCGCUAUCAUACCGGAUACCCCAGCUAUCAGCCGCGCUAUCUGGCUCACAGCUGCAGAGAAACGAAUUGCAAAGGAGCGUAUGGCCAGCUUCGGUGCCGACACAUCCAAAAUCAUUCCUGCUGCCGUCCUCAGAGAAAAGUUACGUAAAUUGGUAUCUCACCCGGUGUCCUACUUUUUUCUUUUAGCCUUUGCUUUGCAGGCCUGGGCCAGCCGCGCAAAUUCAUAUUUCCCUCUUUAUCUCGAGGGAUUGAAAGACUCGGCUGGGAAUCUUCGUUUCAGCACAUAUCAGGUCAACAUCAUACCUAUCGGAGGCUAUGCUCUAGAGAUUGUCAGUAACCUGGUGCUGAACGCAAUAUCGGACCGGAAGCACUGGCGCUGGCAAAUCAGCGUGGGUCCAUGUACCCUGUUCGGGAUUGUGCUGUGUGUUUUGUGUGCCUGGCCUUCUGACUACAAAGUUGUGCUGGCCUUUUAUUUCCUCACUUAUGCGACAAAUGCAGGAAGUCCGGCGUUUUUAGCCUGGCUAGCCGAGAUACUAAGAAAGGAACCGGAAGCUCGUGCGAUUCUCGUGGCUAUUACCGUCACGAUUGUCUAUAUUGGCCAUGCAACCAUUCCGCUCAGGGCCUGGCAAACCAAAGACUCUCCAAGGUAUCCGAUUGGAUUUCCUCUUGCAACUGCUUUCAUAUUUUCAUCGGUCCUGGUCCAACUUGGUAUGCUGUGGUGGCAGCGGCGCUACAAAAGGCCGGACGAUUACACUUUCAAUGAGCAAUCCCAGGUCUCUGUUAUCGCUACAGCCGAUGAUAAUGAGAGGUCUUCAUGUGGGGGAGUGAAAAGAGAUCCAAAGACUCCAAACGCAGAUAUUCGCGAGGCGUAA